GGAUCGAUAAUGUUCCACGUGAGGCGGAGACCGGCGGACUACCAUCCCCGCAAACGUAAGAAAAAGCCUCAACAGGGGAAGUGGGGCCAGAGUAACGAACUACUGGACUACAGGUACGAAGACGGAUUGGACAGGCUCCCAUUCUUCCUAGAGCUAAAUCCAGACGGUAGUGAAGUUGGUGGUGGAACGGGGAAACGUUAUAGACUUCAGCCUAACGUGACGGAGGUGGGCUCGGAAAGAGGCUCUCCGCACGGUCACGGCCAAUCCCUUCAGCUCUUUGGGCCUAACAUCCAACCGAGGCAUUGUGUAAUUGCGCACACCGAGGGUAUUGUAACUGUUACCCCUUGCAGUAGGGAUGCUGAGACUUAUGUGAACGGUCAACGCAUCUAUGAGACCACUAUUUUACAGAAUGGUGCCACUGUAAGGUUUGGUAAGAUCCAUAACUUUCGCUUCCUUGAUCCUUGUUACGAAGAAAGAACAAGGCAGCGCUACGAUAGUUCGCGAUCACCACACGAUUAUUCCUACGACAGACAAUCAACCAGAGAAGAAACCUCCAGCCUUAGCGUAGGUAACGGGCCUACCACUACAAGCACACCCUCUGGUAAUCCUCUGAACUACGAAACUACCUUUGAUGUUGACGGGAAUGUUGAGACGAGGUCGACUUCUAGCCAGGGUAACAAAGAAGAAACGAGAUCCCAACGGUCGAUAGGCAGUAGCAGGGAAGGAAACAGGGUAAUGAAUUACGAGAGGUACCCAAGGGGGGCAGAUCCCAUUCUCCCCGCAGUGCUGGAGAUACGGGAGGAGACGGAGGAAGCACUGCUACAUGCACUCAUCACCGACUUAGACCCAAAUGGUCCAGGUUUCAAACUAGCUCCAGCAUACACCCUCUACCUGAUGGCACGAUACCGAGCUUCGACUCAUUAUCGUCCAGAACUCAACCCAAUGGAGCGUGCUCAACGGUUGACUCUGAUACUUGCGAGGGUAGCUGCGAUCAUCCACUCUUUUAUUCAGGAGAGAAGAUUUGAAGUGAGGUGGCUCGCUUUGUGGCUUGCAAAUGCAUCCGAAAUUCUGCAUUUCUUAAAAUCAGAUAGACAUAUCUCAGGAUUUUCUAUUGAAGCCCAAGAAACACUAGCCGAUGCUGUUCAAAUUGCAUUCAAGCAUUUAGUCACUUGCCUCCAAGGAGAACUAUCUGCAGUAAUGCCUAAUUUCCUAUCCGAUAGAGAUGAUUUGAGCCAUGAUCCAGAAGAUUCUUCAACUGCCUCUGUCCUUGGAGUGCUCUCGGGUGCGAUGAACUUACUCCGAAGGUGCAGAGUUAAUGCGGCUCUAACUAUUCAAUUGUUCUCUCAGCUGUUUCAUUACGUAAAUGUCUGGGCAUUCAACAAAUUAGUGGCGCCUGGUUCUAGCUACUGCUCCAGGCAGUGGGGUCUUCGAAUCAAGGCCCGCUUGGCACAAGUUGAGGUCUGGGCAGAAAGGCAGGGUCUAGAACUCGCAGCCGAUUGCCAUUUGGCCAGGAUCAUGCAAGCAGCUCAUUUAUUACAAGCUCCAAAAUAUACUUGCGACGAUCUCGCCUCCCUCUCCUCUACCUGCUUCAAGCUGAACUCACUCCAGUUGAGAGCUCUCUUGCAGAACUACCAACCUACUCCGGAUGAACCAAGAAUACCUCAUGAUAUUGUAGAAAAUGUGGUGAGGGUUGCGGAGAACCUCGCUGACGAAUUAGCGAGAAGUGACGGUAGAGAAGUAAGGCUAGAGGAAGACGCCGAACUGGCCCUGCCUUUCCUUCUUCCCGAUGAUGGCUACUCCUGUGAGGUGGUGCGAGGUGUGCCUCCUGGAUUAGUGGAAUUCUUAGCUCCUUUGCAAGCUGCUGGCCUCUGCAGGCUAACUGCCCAACCUACCUCCAAUGGCCUCUGGACUGUUUAUAUGGGGCAUGUUAUGGCUCGCAGUCCUAGUGCCAUGAGCAAUAGAUCAUCAGGUUUCGUCCCAACUCAACACGAGCCAGAAGUCCAGAUUAUCAAGCUGCACAAAUCCAACAAUGGAAUGGGCCUCAGCAUUGUUGCUGCUAAGGGAGCUGGGCAGGACAGGCUUGGCAUCUACAUCAAGUCUGUUGUGAAGGGAGGUGCAGCAGAUGCUGAUGGAAGACUGCAAGCAGGUGAUCAGUUGUUGAAAGUUGAUGGGCAGAGCUUGGUUGGAAUAACACAAGAAAAGGCUGCCGAGUACCUUGUCCGAACUGGUCCUAUUGUCACUUUAGAAGUGGCGAAGCAAGGAGCCAUAUAUCACGGCCUAGCUACGCUGUUGUCUCAGCCUUCGCCUGUUAUGACGAGAGGCCCCCGUCGGAUGAGCGAAAGGGAUUUACCUUCACGUGUGCUUAGUGAACAGCAAGGCCAGCAGGGAAGAGGCCAGCUCCCUCCCCACCCUCAGAUACAUAGCUCAAAGUCCGUUCCAUCGCUCAACACUGGUAAUCACGAAUUUGAAAGACCAAACUUAAAUCAAACCACAAUUGCAAGUAGCACUAUGCCUCACCCAAAUCACGAAGUAUUUAACCCAGGGUACAGUAGGACAUCAUCAACAAAUAGCAUCCCACAAAAAUCUUAUGAAACUCAACCUCAUCCUAACGCUCAUCAAAUCAGAUCAAGGUCAAGUCAAAAUCUCGCAGAGCACAGGCAAGGGACUCUCCCUCCUAACCAUAUUGGUCCGAGACAACCGUCGAACCCUAACCUCAUCCCUAACAAUUACAAUAACCAUCAUAUCCCCUACCAGCAACCUCCUUAUCAGCAGCCACAGCAGCAGCCUAGUCCAGUUGGUGACAACGGAGAACGCUUCUACCAGAACCUAAGCAUCUAUAGGAACCAAGAGAUACACAAUGGCCACGGGCCACCGCCUCAGAACGGCAUCGGAAGAGGAAAGAUGCCGAGCCCACAAGAUGAUAGGGCUCCUCCGGCUCAAAUGAACUUCAGGGGCUCGCAGUCUUCUCUUCAGAGCAGGUCUACUGAGCCAGCUCGUGACAGGCCAUCGUCCGCAUAUUUGCCUAACAAUUAUCCUAACCAUCUUAUGCCACAGAACCGUAUGCAGGCUCGCUCUCAAUCAUCAAGAGACAUGCUUCGCCAAGAAGCCAAAUUUCAAGAGAUUAGUGAAGAGCUGAGGAGACGAGAAAUGAGAUCACCACAUCAUAACAGGCCACAGCCGAGCAGCACCAACCAACCUAUUCAGGGAUCGCCCCUUAGGUACCCCGGCUUCUCCGAGCAGGGGUACAGGUUGAACCAGGCAGACUACGUCGAAAGCCCUCCGCCUCCACCUCCACCGCCUACCUCCACUCAUCCUCUCUACCAGACCCAUCAGCCACCGCCACAGAUGAGGAGCGAAAUAAGAAAUGAUAUGAGGCCUGCUGAAGUAAGAAGCGAUAUUGUGAGAACAGAUCUUAGAACAGAGGUUAGGAGCAGUGAAAUCAGAAGCGAUGUAAGGAGUGAUACCAGAAAUGAUGUUAGGAGUGAUAUGAGAUAUGCGGCUAGUGUCGGAGAACCACCACGAGGCAGUUAUUACAAUCCCGCUGGCUCUCAGCCUCCCUCUAGGCAAUAUUAUUACCAAGCAUCCAAUCCAUGGCAAAGGGAAGAGCGCGAAAAGGAAGCUGAAAGAAGAAGGGAUGCUGCAAGGCAUUGGAGAGACCAGCAGAUUGCAGAACUGAGCAGCUUGCCUCAAAGAAACACCGCACAAGAAGAGCAAUUGAGAGCACUCAAACUGGAAAGGGAAUUCGAAAAGAGGGCGGAAGAAGAAUUAGAAGAAGAGGAUGAAGAAGACCAGGAUGCUGCAGAGAGAGUGCAAGGUCUCUUGCGUGUUGCUCAGCAGAAUGAUGAGAAAAGGAAUUUACGAACAACACAGUCUGGAACACCGCAGCAGCAGCAGGUACAACAACAACAGCCGCAACAACAGUACACACCAACAUCACAACAAUACAACAACCCCAGCGGGCAGCAGUACUCCUCCGCGAGCAGCGGCGGCCAGCACUACUCCUCGGCCUCCCAGUACUCCACUACUACCUCGACUGCACAACAGUACGCCUCCACUCCUCCUAGCCACCACACUCCUCAGAUGAACGGUACCAUCGGAAGGCCGCCAGUCACUUCUGUCUCUUCUAAUUACCAUCCUGUAAGCGCUGAAGAGAAAGCAAGAUUGCAAAGACUGAAAGAUUUGAAAAUGAAACAGGCUGAAGUUGAAGCAGAGAGGAUUAAGAAGAGGACAACCUCGUCAUCAACUCCCCUUCGAACAAUAACCAUUAUCACAACAAUAAUGGCUAUAGCUCGAGUCAGGCCAGUCCAGGAGACUGGUAAUGGAGGCACCGCGACCAUUGCAGCACCACAGCCACCUGAAAGAGGUUCAUCUUUUGCUGUCGCUCAGUCGCUGCGUAGUCCUCCUACUCCAACUUUAGCGACCGCCAAAAGAGUCUCUUUUCAGGAUCCACCACCCCCGUCCAACCCUCCCCCACCACCUUCUUCACUGUCAGAGAUCAGAGAAGAUCCUAAUAAUUUCAUAAAUGAAGCAGAGAAUAUGCUUUCUUCCCCAACAAGUCCUGAUACACCAUUUACAGGAAAUACGCCUGGAGUUAUUGGAGCCCAGGAAGUUUACAAGGACCCCAGACAAAGGAUGCUUGCUGAGCAGAAGAUGAUGUCUAACAAGGGAGUCGUCGCCGUUCCUGAGAAGCUUAGUUUCAAGGAGAAGAUGAAGAUGUUCGCAAUGGAGACCGGAGAAGACGGAACCCCACGAGACAAAGUUAAGAUUUCAAGAGCUCAGCGAGAUAUUGACAAUAUCGGAUCCCCCAACGCACCAAACAACAACAACCAAUAGAGAUCGCCUUGACUGAUCAUAACCUCCGUGUGUAAAGUGUAAUGACAAAAUUUCGUAUACUACUAUAGCUUUAUAUCGGAUCAACAGACUGUCAACACCAAGUGUAUAUUUUGUGUAAAUUAAUGAAGAAUGUAUAAAUUUGUGUUUGCAACAUGAACACUGUACAGAACUUUGAGCAAAUAUUUUAAUAUAAAUUUAAUGAAACUGGGUGACUUGAGACAAAUAUUAUUUACUAUUAAAAGAAAGUAUGAAAGAAUAGAUAUUUAUUUAAUGUUUUGUAUAAAUAUAUAUAUAUUAAAAAAUAUAUAUGAAUAUAUUUUGUUGUAAAGUAUAUAUAUAUAUUUAAAUAACUUUUUAACCAUUGAGAAGUAAUCGUGAGUUGAGUUUUCUUUUUGUUUUGUUUAAAAAUUUUAAAUGUUUAACGUUACUGAAGAUAUAUUUUACUAUCUUGAGCUUUUGAAUGUAAUGAGAAUGGGUCUUUAUGAUGAGUGCCGUCCAGAUGUUUUGAGAAAUGUUCAUUUAUUUUUAUAUGUUUUACUCGUUUGAAUGUUUUGGAAUUAUUCUGAGGAGAUGCUUUCGGAUUCUUUUUCUAUUGUAGAGUUUAUUUUCUUCUCUAUUUGGAAUAUUGUAUAGAUUGCUCUCCUAUUUAUUGGAGCAGAAAAAAAAAAUUUACCCCUACUGGUGUAAAUGAAAGUGUAUCUAGUGUAAAUAAAAUUAGCUGACGGAAAAAAAAAAAAUUAUAAUUCUGUGGGAGCAAUAAUAUAUGAUCUUGUGUAUAUUACUUACUAUCAUUGUAUUAAAGUUAUGAAUAUGUUAUGUAUGGAUUUAUUAUCAUUAGCUUGUCAUGUGCAAAUUUGAAUGCAGACUAUAAUCUUCAUUAUAUAUAUUUGAAGUAUAGAAUACAUAUUCACUUAUACAUACAUAUAUAUAUUUUUUGUUUGUAUAUAAUGUACCUAUGCAAUUUAAAAUUAAUUACAGUUAGAUUAACAACAUUUAUAUAAAUUUGUUCAUUCAUUAUAUAUUUUAAUUAUAGUUGUUAAAGUGAAACUUGUAUUUGAACUACAAAGAUAAUUUAAUUCUAUGACAAGUAUAUUAAAAAUAAAAAUAAGAAAAAAAAUAUGAAGUAGAAGAACAUGGCAGGUAUCCCUUUCUAUAUGAAAUUAUUGUAGAAUAGAAUCAUACCAAACUAUCAAUGAAUUGUCAUCAACAUGUACAUUAUUAUUAUUUUUUAAACAAUUGAUUUUAAAGUCGUAAUCAGGAAAUGUUUUGAAAAUUGAUGGCAAAAAUUAAUGUUUUGAAGAGACAAUCUUUUGUGUAUCGAUUUAUGAUGUUUUAACUUUACGGCUAAGGGAUAGUUUGUAUUAUUGUUAGAUCAUAUUCAUUGUGAUAUAAAAUACAUAUAUAUAUUUUGUUUCAUAAAUAUAACCCCUCAUAGCACUUGUGACUUUUUUUAUUGAACCUUUUCAGUCCUUUAUUAAGUUCAUUAAAUCAAUUGUAUAUUUAAGUUUGUUUAUAUUUAUUUUCUUUCUUCCACGGGAGAGGCCUUUGGUUCGGAGCUCGCGGAACGAUACCAGACUCAACAAGGAGCUUCAUGGAGGGCCUUGGUGUCGACAUAUAAGGAUAUAUAAGGACGUGGCAAGGUUGGCAGAGAACAUAAUUCUUGACUCCCUGGGAAUUAUCCAUCACCAUGUGCAUGGAUAGGGAGUUUGUUCAUGGGGGGAGGCAUGCGUGUUUUACAGCAUUUUUACAUUAUUUAUUGACCACAUCCACUGCACUUUAUGUUUUUGUAUGCAUGUUAUGAAUUAGGUUAGAAAAAGAGAGGAGAAAAUCUAGGGAACGAGAAAAAUGUAUAGAGUGAGAGAAGGAACAGAAAGGGAUGUACAGUGCUAAUAAAUGAAUUAAAGAAAUAGUAAAAAUAAAAUAAAUAAAUAAAAAUAUAGGAAAAAAAUAUAUAUAUAGAUUGUAUAUUAGUUUUGGAAAAUUGUCUGUAGCGAUUAAUAAGUAUGCUGUGUUUAAAGCAACCCAAUGUAAUUGGGCAGCACCCUCUUAUGAUAAUAAAGUGAUUCUCUCUCUCUCUCUCUACAGGGUGUUUCAUGGUUAAGUGGCCAAAAGUAAAAAUAUGAACUAAGGACCUCAAAAGAAGAAACAAAUUUUCUCUGAAGGUAUGUCCGCAAACGCUUUAUGUAGAAGAUAUUCACACCUAAAGAUUUUCGUUUUUAUGAAUUACUUACGUUAUAUGAAAUAAAUAAAACCUAUUUAUUUGUUCUAACUACUUUAUUAAUUAAAUUUAAACAUUAACAUUCAUAUUAAAUUUUGUUCAGGUAUUUCCUUGAGCAUUAAGACAGGCUCGGCAUCUUUCUUCAACAGCAGAAGUGGCAGAACGGCAUUGGAUACGUGUUAUUGUUUCACACGAUUUAAUAAUCCUUCUUUGUAUGACAUGUGGCUUCAAUUAGAUGGUUGUCCUGCACAUUACGGAAGAGAUCUACGACAAUGGCUAAAUGUUAAUUAUCCCAAUCAAUAGAUUGGCCAUGCAGAAAUGCGGACCUAUUAAAAUAUUGUCUAUUAUCCCCAAGCACACAUUGCACUGAAAAUGAUGCUCACGAAUUGCAUGGAGAUUUUCCUGCGGCCAGAGAUGAUUAUUUUUCUGAUUGAAGAUACCUCUUCUUGUAAUGGUAGCUUCAUCUGUCCAAGGAAAUUUUUCUGAAUAUCGUGGAUUAUGCUCAACUUGAUUUAAGAACCAAUCUGAAAAAUUUCUUCUUUGCCGAAAAUCUUGCGGUAAUAAAUUUUGUACCCGUUGAUAAUGAUAUGGGUGAAGUGCAUCUGCAAUGAGAGUUCUC